AGUGAUUAGUAGUGGCUUGCAUGACAUGUCAGUGGCAAGAGCCAGCAGGAGUUCAGUCAGUACGGAGUACUGUAAUCAUAAAGCUGGUAGAGACACCUGAGGCAACUUCUCAUCAUUGCCGGUAUCUUAUCUCCUCUCGAUGGUUGUUUAAAGUAGCCGAAGAGCGACCAGGGGAUUAUAUGCCUUAGGCAUCAACACCGAAGGGCCCGAUCGGGUGAUCCAGAAAAGGUCACGACAGGCUUUGGCGGGGCUGAGCUUCAUCCCACUCGUGCAUGGUCAGCAUUGAACUUCCUACUCUGUCACGAUACCCUUAUUUGUAUUUUUGCAUAGCUGCCCUUCGCGUUCAUUCAGCAUCUUGGUUCUCGACAUUCUUCUAGAAUCAUUCAUAGAGUUUCAGUUGGACCAGCGCUCCCACGUUUUCCAGGAUGGAGGAGCUACAAGCUAAACACCGCAAGGAACAAAAAGAUCUCCAGGCUCGAAUCACUCAGAAGAAGAAGUCCGCCACGAAGAAGACUCGCAAAGGAGUUAACGAUGAUUGCGAGAGGCUCCAAAGAGAGCUCUCUGAGCGGCAACAAGCCGAGAUCGCGCAACUAAACGGCGAAUCAGACCAGCCUGUGGAUGGCAUCGAAGACCUCAGUUUGAACGAAUCAAGCGAAGGGGACCGAAACACUGAUGAGGCUGGUGACUCGCCCGAUCAGCAAAAUGCAGAUACCCCGUCGGAGACAACGACAUCAUCGCCUCAAAGCUCUACCCCCGCUACCCCGCAGCCCUCCGGUCCUCGUCCCAAGAAGCCCAAUCGUCAGAAGGCCAGAUUGGCACGUCGUGCCGCGGAACAAGCAGCGCAAUCGGCGAUUGCUGCGGAGGAGGCUGCAAACCAGACCGAUCAUCGUGGAAAUGAGAAAGAGGUCAUGGAGGGCGUGUUCAAGCGCUUACAGUUGAAGGAGGUUGACAUAAACCCGGAUGGACACUGUCUGUUCUCUGCCAUCGCAUGCCAAUUGGACGAGCAAGGCAUCGGUCUGAAACCUGACCCGAAGAGGAUGAUCCUUCAGCCUCCAACUCAGUCUCGCAUCGAUACCGUGGCUUCGCCUAAACAUGACGGCUAUCGGGCAGUUAGAGCUGUGGCGGCAGAUUUCAUCAGCGAUCACCAGGACGACUUUGCACCAUUCAUGGAGGAGCCUUUGGACCAAUAUACCAGGAAAGUCAAACUGACAGCCGAAUGGGGCGGACAACUGGAAUUGCAAGCGAUUGCCAGGGCAUAUGGCGUCGAGAUCAAUGUCAUCCAAGGCGAUGGGAGAAUCGAAAAGAUUGAACCGGGUGAUGUCGAAGAGCCAGGCGACGAAGAGGGAAGCAAGCGGGUCAUCUGGUUGGCUUACUACAGACACACAUACGGACUCGGGGAGCAUUACAACGCACUCUCCAAACAUACAUAGAGAAGCGUAUAAAACAAACAAAAAAG